AAAUUUUCAACUUUAAAACAAAGUUCGUUCAAUCCCUCCAAAUCAACCGCCACUGCCCACCAGUCUUCCCGCCGCCGCCACCACCCCCCCGCCACCGCAACUCCAAAGAAAUGUGACCAUCAAAAUCACCGCCACCGCCUUCUCUAUCCGCCGUGAAAUCCCUAACCCCGACCAAAAUGGUUCAAUUCCACGAGCAUAUCAUAACAGACCUUCUGGAAGACUCUCAAGGCGGCCUCGUCAUCCUCUCCGCCGGCCUCUGCCUCCACAAACUCGUCGCCUCCCUCCUCCACCUCCACCACCCAUCUCAAGGUUCCCUCUUGAUCCUUUCCUCUUCCCCAUCCCAAAAGUCAUCCAUAAUCCGGAGCUACGAAGCCACGAUUCCCCCUUCUCAGUCUUCUCAAUCGAUUCCCUCCGAAAUCACCUCCGACCUACCGGCCCACCAGCGUCUUUCCCUAUACUCCUCCGGCGGCAUAUUUUUCAUCACGACUCGUAUCCUAAUCGUUGACCUCCUUACCCACCGGCUUCCUACGACCUCUGUCGCGGGGAUUAUUCUCCUCAAUGCUCAUUCCCUCUCUGACACUUCAACUGAGGCAUUCAUAGUUCGCAUUCUUAGGUCUUCGAACCGGACUCUCUUUGUUCGUGCAUUCUCCGACCGACCUGAUGGAAUGGUCUCUGGUUUUGCCAAAGCUGAACGAACUCUUAAGUGCCUUUUCCUCAGGAAACUUCAUCUCUGGCCGAGGUUUCAGGUAUAUGUUUCACAGGAUUUAGAGAGGGAUCCACCUGAAGUGGUUGACAUAAGGGUACCAAUGUCGCCAUACAUGAUGGGGAUCCAAAAAGCAGUCAUUGAAGUGAUGGAUGCUUGUUUGAAGGAGAUGAGGAAAACUAACAAAGUUGACGUGGAUGACUUGACAGUAGAGAAUGGGUUAUUCAAGUCAUUUGAUGAAAUAAUUAGGCGACAGUUGGAUCCUAUUUGGCAUACAUUAGGGAAAAAGACGAAACAACUUGUUUCAGAUUUGAAGACAUUGAGAAAGCUUUUGGAUUACCUUGUAAGGUAUGAUGCUGUGACGUAUUUGAAGUAUUUGGAUUCUUUGAGAGCAUCAGAGAGUUUCCGGUCAGUUUGGAUAUUUGCAGAGUCUAGCUACAAGAUUUUUGAUUUGGCAAAGAAGCGUGUCUUUCGUUAUGGGAAGUCAGAUGGUAGAAAAAGUUUAGGACAAAUUAAGACUUCAGUGGCAACCAAGAGAAGAAAGUUAGAAAAUAGCAUUAGUGAGACAGACUUGGCAGUACCCACUGAAGGUGGUGCAGUUUUGGAGGAAGUAUUGGAGGAGCCACCUAAGUGGAAGGUGUUGCGUGAGAUACUUGGGGAGAUACAAGAGGGAAGAGAGAGGCAAUCAUUGACUGACGAGGACCUUAUUACAGAUUAUUCUGGGAAUGAUAAUGGGAUAGUUCUUGUGGCAUGCAAAGAUGAACAUUCUUGUAUGCAGCUCGAAGAUUGCAUCAAGAAGGGUUCCCACAAGGUCAUGCAAGAAGAGUGGGAAAACUAUUUGCUGAGCAAGGUAGAGUUGCAGGCUUUGCCUAAACGUGGUAAAAAGAAAAUGAAAGAGCCGAAAGGAUUUGGGAUACUUGAUGGAGUUAUUCCAUCAGUAUCUGGGCAAAAAGCUGAAGUUAGCAGCAUAAACAGGCAGGAACAUGAGGCUAUGAUAGCUGCGGCUUCUGAAAUCAUCAAACAUAGGAAAAAGGAUGAUCUUGGUGAUAAUCCUGAAACAUGUGAGGGUGGGGAGGCCCUUAAACGAGGAAAAACAAAAAAUAAGAACAGAUUGAAAGGUGGUAAGACCCAUAAGAAGGCUACAACAGACAGUAAAUUAGAUGCACAUCCUUUUGAGGAUGAAGACCAGAAAAAUGAGGGCACCUCAAGUGGAGCUGGUGGUUCUCUUGGUCUUGAACCAUUAAUUGAUAAUAAGCAGCUCCCACCAGUGCAUUUUUAUGCCGUAGAUACUGAUCAACAUAUUCUUGACAUUUUGCAGCCAUCUGUCAUUGUUGUAUACCACCCUGACAUGGCUUUUGUCAGGGAAAUAGAAAUUUAUAAAGCUGAAAAUCCCUCAAAAAAGGUGAAAGUCUAUUUUUUAUUCUACGAAGAGUCUACUGAGGUGCAAAAGUUUGAGGCCAGUAUACGAAGAGAGAAUGGAGCAUUUGAGUCCCUUAUUCGGCAGAAAUCACUGAUGAUGAUACCUGUCGAUCAAGAGGUGUCUUUGAGACUGGAGUCCUUUGUAGAAUCCCAAUCCACGAUUUCUCAAAAUAUGGUUACUAGAAAAGCAGGCGGACGAAAGGAAGCAGAGAAGGAGACACAGGUCAUCGUGGACAUGAGGGAAUUCAUGAGCAGCCUCCCCAAUGUUUUGCAUCAAAGAGGCAUGCGCAUAAUACCUGUCACUCUGGAAGUUGGAGAUUAUAUUCUUUCGCCGUUGAUAUGUGUCGAGAGAAAAAGCAUUCAAGAUCUUUUUGGUAGUUUUGCAUCUGGUCGUCUUUACCACCAGGCAGAAAUAAUGUCUCGUUACUAUAAAAUUCCUGUUCUUCUUAUUGAAUUCUCACAAGACAAGAGUUUCUCCUUCCAGUCUGCUAGUGAAAUUGGUGAUGAUGUUACUCCUAACAACAUAAUAUCAAAGCUGUCGUUGCUCGUUCUUCAUUUCCCUCGCCUGCGCAUUGUCUGGUCUCGCAGUUUGCAUGCUACUGCAGAGAUCUUUGCUUCUCUUAAAGCAAACCAGGAUGAACCAGAUGAGGCCAAAGCAACCCGAGUUGGUGUACCAUCAGAAGAAGGCAUUGUGGAAAAUGAUGUUAGAGCGGAGAAUUACAACACGUCAGCAGUAGAGUUCCUGAGACGGCUGCCGGGUGUGACAGAUUUGAAUUACAGAGCUAUAAUGGAUGGGUGUAAAAGCUUGGCAGAACUUGCACUUCUUCCAUUGGAGAGACUAGCCGAAUUGAUGGGAGGUCAGAAAGCUGCGAAAUCAUUGAGAGAUUUCUUAGAUGCUAAAUACCCAACCUUGGUUUGAGCAAUUGAUUUGUUUAAGUUUGAUUACUUACAAUAGAGAAAUCAGGUGUUUUGAGUAUUCUUUCCAUUGAUGAGAACACUAACAGUUUUCCAUACCCAUUACGUUAUGUAAUUUAUUUGUAAAUUGUAAUUUAUUUUUCAACCUCAAUCAUCAUCACAGCAAAUGUAUCCAUUUCUGCAAUUUAGCAGCCAUUUUGCAUUACUUAAGCUAUAAAAGAAAUUAGUAAGGACACG